AUGGGAAAUAAAACGUCUACACUUUCAAAGAAUGAUUUGACCAGUUUGAAGCAAUCUACGUAUUUCGAUCGCAGAGAGAUCCAACAGUGGCACAAAGGGUUUCUACGGGAUUGCCCGAACGGCCAGCUAACUAGAGAAGAGUUCAUCAAGAUAUACAAACAAUUUUUCCCCUUUGGCUCGCCAGAUGAGUUUGCUACGUAUGUGUUUAGCGUGUUUGACAAGGAUAAUAAUGGAUCCAUUGACUUCAAAGAAUUUAUCACAGCAUUAAGCACCACUUCCAGGGGCUCCUUAGAGGAAAAGUUAGUCUGGGCUUUCCAACUCUAUGAUUUAAACCACGAUGGCGUAAUUUCAUAUGAAGAAAUGUUGACCAUAGUGUCAAGUAUUUAUAAAAUGAUCGGGAACAUGGUAAAACUAAGUGACGAUGAAGCUACUCCAGAGUUAAGGGUAGAAAAGAUCUUUAGGCUUAUGGAUAAAGACAAAGAUGGUUGUAUUACGUUAGAUGAAUUUAGAGACGGAUCGAAGGUCGAUCCAUCUAUAGUAGGGGCAUUGAAUCUUUAUGAUGGAUUGGUAUGA